AUGUCGGACAUUUGCAUAUUGUGUUUGAAUGUUAUUGUGAAAAUUAAUGAAAAGCAUCGUGUCGAAGGUAAAGGAGCUUUCAAAGUAAUUCCUGAACUGGAAAGUUUUUCUUUCAAAGUAGAAAGAGUGAGUCCUUUUAUCUGCGCUGGAUGUGUUAAAAAGCUGAAGAAACGAAGAAACCUCAUCACACAAAUUGAGUGUAUCGACGAGUUUUAUCGCACUAUUCAAACUAAAUCAACGUGUUCGUCAAGCUCUUCGCUAAAAAGAACAAGUGAUAUCAGUUUGGACAGUGUUGGUAUUAAAAUACAUUGUGGAAAUGAGGGUGAACGCUCGCCUAGUACAAGCACAGAAACGAUAGAGCGGCCAUCUUCCAGUUCUCGUUGCAGUUCACCUGUACGUCCAGAUAAUAUACCUCCACAAUGGCCUGUGUCCCCAAUUAAGCAUAGAGAAAACUCAGAAGAGGGCCCUAAAUCUACGAAUGUGUAUGUGAAAGUUGAGUGGCCCAGUAAAAAUGCUGAACGAAAGUUGCCAGGUGAUCUAGAGUCGCUAGGAAAAAUGCUUGUACGAGGAACAUACAAACAGAUAGCGAACGCAGCAUGGAAGAACACAAGCAUCAAGAAACAACUCCAACUGUUAAUGUUAAAUGACAUAAACCGAGAAUGUUCUGAUCUUUGCUCAAGGAAAAAUCCAAGCUGUCUAAGGAGCCCGAACAAGGAAAAUAUGUUGAAAUUUUCAAUCGAACAUUUUAACAAGGAACUGAAGGAAAGAGCCCCAUUGACAUUUUCCGUGUUAGUUGCUGCUUCUGUGAACCCUCGAAGUAGAUCCAGGGCAAACAAGAAUGGCUUAAAUAUUGAAACAUUUUGGUCACCUGCUGUUGGUAUGGCUGCAGCAGUUUGCCUGAGAAACAGGUCAAGAUUUAUGAAUGCGCUACAAUUAUUAAUUACAAUAUUCAACUACCACUCUGGAUGGCAGGUGUGUAUAUCUAUUUUCAUUUUUAAUACUAUACAUAUUAUUUUAGAAUAUUUUGGUGUUAUUACUAAUAUUAGUGUCAUGUGUAUUGAUUCAAAUAAAGUCUUUAUUAUUAUUAUUAUAAUUAAUUAUUAUUAUUAUUUAGCACAGUUUGCCUGAGUGUGGGGGGGGGGGUCUUGGCCCUUGGGGUUUAAAAUUCUGCGUCUUCAGCUUUCCCUAAGAUUGGGAGUUACAACUGACAACUGAUUUAUUAUAACAAAAUAUAAUUGUGGAUUAGUUGGUUAAUGUUAUCUGAAUUAUAAUCUUGACUGUGACGUGCCAAUGUAGGUAGUGAAGAAUAGAGUAUGCUUGCAUGCAGCUUUGAUGUGCGAUGUAGCUACAUGAAAAAUAGAAUAGUUGAAUGAUCCAAUAAGUGUGCAAAAUUGUAUAUAUUAUAAAUUAUUUAGGCAACCCUUGCACGACUGGCCUCAUUACGAAUAACAACAUCACAUACAUAUUUGUAUAAAAAGCUGGACGAAUAUGGAGCUGGGUAUCGUGAUGAAAUAUUAAAUGCUGUUGAGAAUCAAUGCCUGUUUCUGAAAAGGAAUCCUGAAGUGGUGGAGUCUGAUGACCAACAAUCAUGUGACCAUGGGCGGAAAAUCACAAUUGACAAUUUUGAUUACCGGCAAAAUGUGCACCAUAUGACAGAAGAGCAUCAGAACAUCGAUGUUCAUCAUGUCACUGUGAUGUCAACUGAGAACAGAAUUGGAGCUGUAGACUUCAGUGACCAGAAGAAAGAAGAUGGAAUUAUGAAGCUUGAGAAUGGAAAAUUCAUACCAAGUGAUGAUGACCACCAAUUGCAGAGAAAGAAUUUCAUUACUUUAGUUGGUCGAAUACUUGUGGCUAAUAUACCAUGUCUGAAAUUCUUGGCUGAUGUUGUCACAUCUCAUAUACCACACAAAUACAGUUCGCAAAUGGCAAAGAAGACGAAUACUGUAAGUAGAUUUACUGGACAGAGUACAUUUUUAGUUAUAAUAACCUUGAACAGUAUGUGCCAGUGUUGGUAGCGAUAACAACAACAAUGCACUUCGGAUUGUUAGGGUAAGUUAUAGUAUAGGUUACUUGUAUUGUUACAUGUUUAGUUCUCUGUAGAAGCUAAAUGCACAAGAUUAACCCUUGGUGACUAAGAUUGUAUUGAUGUAUUGCAUUAGUUAGAGAAAGAGAAAAACAGUUACUGCAUUUUUGCUGCAUAAUGGUUAGAUUUUAUGCACCAUUUUGAGCUUGGGAUUUCAUUGUACAGUAGGUAGCAAUAUUUCAUUGUAGGUAGCAAUGAACAAUAUACUUGAGGGAUAAUAGGAUCAAACAACAUUAAAAUUGUCACAAGAACUUUAUGUUCCAAUCAAAGGACCUGAUGUCAUCUAAAAUUUUGUUCUUGUUACUAAUUUCAAGGUAGCCUGAUCCUAUUACCCUUAAGUAUUUAAUAUGAAACUUUAGCUUCAAAUAAAAUAAAAUUUUAUAGUCCCAAAUAUACCAAUACAAAAUAAUACAUUUUAUAACAUAUUUGUUGGGAAUGUUGUUCGAUGUCCCCCCACGAUCACAAUAAAUCAUAAAUCACAAACCAAAAAUAAUGUUUUAAUACUCACAAAUCUCAAAAAGGUCGCUCACAAAAGAAAACAUGAUACAUAUACUCUUCCUAGAACUAAAUCGUACCAUUUACUUCCGGUACAGUUACCCUAGCUACUUUUGACGACAUACUGUACAUAAUUAUAAAAAAUUAACCCAUUGAGUGGCAGCACUCAGACUCUCCCCCUGACAAGUAAAUCGUCUGGCGUUAGACAGAGUAAAAUAAUAAAGUGGGACACAUUGCCACUGAAAGGGUUAAUUAUUAGAUAGAGCUUAGAAAUUAUUUUAAGUCUUCCAUGUUUCCAAACAUUGUGAUGAAGCUUGGAAAAAGCUCAUCAACUGAAGGCUGUUCAGAAAAUUUUUUUGUAUUUAAGAAGAAAUAUGGUUAACCCUAACCCUUAAAAUGGUACACUGACCGAAAUUUGGGGGGGGGGGUCGCCAAAAAAAUUUUGAGAUGCCCUUUUUUUUGGAAAGUUCCCCUCAAAGCCUGCCCCCCCCCCCAACUUUUCUAAGCUUCCUAUGCCUCUGCUGUUCAGUCAGUCAAUUAUUAGAGAUGGGACAAAGUACCUUCUGUAGCAAUAGCAAUCAAACUAUUUGUUAUUCUUAUGUAAUCACGUCUAAUCAUGUACAUAAUAUUAAAUAUCGAAUUUUUAGACAUUCAUGGGUCUAAUUUAUGAAAACGAAAAUGACGCUGAUGGCAUCACCAAUGUAAUCAAAGAAUUACACCAGUAUGUUCCUCAUGGUCAGAAUGAAGAUGGGACUGAUGGCAAGUAUGGAGAACAAGGGAUUGUUGGGGAUCAGCUCACUGUGGAGAGAUUUGUAAAUGGUCAUGCGUCUAUUGCAAAUGGAUUUACAGAGAAGGAACAGUGCACUGGCCUUCAUGCUGAGGUUGCAGACUGGCAUUCUGGAAAUAGAUUCUUACAG